UUUAUCGCCACUAUGGCGUCAGCCGUGAUCAAAUUCAGUGCCAUAUUGAUGCUCAUCGCCGUGUGUGCUGCUGAUGUGUCCGAACUUCCAGAGGCUAAAAGCAACGCGCAGCCGGUCACAGAUGUAUGCUUGGGCUGCAUCUGCCAGGCCGUGUCAGGCUGCAAGGUCGGCACCAUGUGUGAAGGUGACCACUGCGGGCUGUUCCACAUCACCUGGCCGUACUGGGCUGAUGCUGGCAAGCCUACCAUCGAUGGGUUGAGUGUGGAUCAUCCUGACGCAUAUUCGAGCUGUACUGUCAACCCCUACUGUGCUGCAGCCACCGUCCAAGGAUACAUGAGGAAAUUCGCUCAGGACUGCAACGGCGACGGAGUGGUGGACUGCUACGAUUACAUGGCGAUCCACAAGAAGGGCGGGUACGGAUGCGCAGGAGAGCUUCCGUUCAACUACGUGAAUACGUUCAAGCAAUGUUUGGCUAUCGUCGCGCAGCAGCAGGGUUAAUAUGAGAGGAUCUCGUGAUAUUGGAAUGGCAGAGGGUUCAAGUCGACUAUCCGUCCAAAUUUAUAACAAAAUCUCAAUCCUCGCCUUCGGCCUUUGCAUUUCAGUUUCUUGACUUUAUAAAAAAAUAUCUAAGAGGAAGAGCUAGGUGCUCUUCCAUUUUUAAAUUAACAUACUGUUCUUUAAUUUAAAAUGAAAAAAGUUAAAUUUGGAUCAUCUGAAAAAUGUUACAAAUUGUACAUACUCUUACUUUGUCAAUCAUAUUUUUAUUGUAUGGGGUUUAAGUUUACAUACACAUUCCUUUGAAAUAAAUUUAUAAUAACAAUACCUUACCUCUUAAUAAGUGGUAAGAAUUCUAUUUUAAACGAUUUCUUGCCGUUUGCAUCCAACAAAAACUAAGUGGAACGAUCAUCCUCUGCCUCGUAAAACAUGAAUCUCGUAGUAGCAUUUUCCGCUAGAUAUUUCCGAAUAGAGUAAGAUAAUAUACUAGAUAUUAGUAUCUACCUAACUUAUAAUCACAUAUAUGUAUUUGAAAUAACUGUGUUCAUUUAUUAUCAAAUAUUAUUUAAAAUUAAGCAAAUGAAAAGUUUUAUAUGGCAGAAAAAAAUUGUUGUUAUUGAAAAUUGUCUUACGCAGAACGUAUAUUUAAAUUUUCCAUUUAUUGUACCUAUCCAUAAUUCAGGGAAAUUACUUUUCUCAUAUAAAUUUAAACUUCAAUUUUGGCAGUAUAAAAAAAAACUAGUCUUUAGGUAAUUAUAUUAAAAUAUUUAAUUAGAUACUUACAGAAAACACGAAAAUGCUCAACAUGGAUAUUUAUACCUACAUAGUGUACUUUUAGGUAUGUUUUACAAUUUCAU